GUGGCUUCCUGGCAGGGGAGGGGGGACCAGGGGAGACACCCCAGGGUGCAGGGACGGGGUGGAGUGAGGGGCAGGGAGCCUGGGCACACCCCGGGCACCCCAAUAGACCCCUGUCCCGGUGCCGUGGGUACCACAGGGGUAGGUGAUGCUCUGCCAGGGCAUCCCUUCCCAGGGCAUCCCUUCCCAGGGCGAGGGCCUGGAUGCUGCCUGCCCCCUCCCUGCACCCCCUUGCUGGGACCCUCAGUGCCCCAGUGACGGCCCUGUCCCCUCUCCCCGGUCGUGCCCCGGGUGCCAUCGCAGUGCUGGGCGUGUGCCGGGCCCGGUGCCGUGUGGUGUCACACGUACCUGCUGCAGGAUGUGGCCAAAUCUUGGCGUUUUUCCCCUGGAGCUGCUCCAACCAGCUCGGGGAAGAAGCACCGCUGGGGCGAGGCAGGGAAGGGAUCCUGCCCUGCCCUGGCCCCCGGGGACAGGUGAUGGGGACAGUGUCACCAGGGCUGGAGGCAGGGCCCAGGGACCCUCCUCUGCCCCAUGGAGGGGAUGGCCCCCCUCUGGUGACACCUUGGAAGUGACAAUACCCCUGUAGUGACACAUCAGAGGGGACAAUACCCCCACGAUGAUGCUUUGGAGGGGACAGUGAGCUCCUGGUGGUGCCUCAGAGGUGACAGUGCCCCUGUGGUGAUGCUUUGGAGGGGAUGGUGGCCUUUCAGUGCUGCCUCAGAGGGGACGGUGCCCCAGUGGUGGCACCUUGGAGGGGACUGUGCCUCGAUGGUGACCCACCAGAGGAAUCUGUGCCCCUGCAUCAGCUCCGUCCCCACAUCAGGGCUCUGAUGCACCAAAUCAGUCCCAAAUCUGAUCUCAAUCCCGGGGCUUAGGGCAGAGAGGUGGAAAUCCCCAAACCUGUCUGAGGGCCAGGCGCGACAAAGCGGUGUUUGUGCCAGGGAAUGAGGAAGCCGGGCCAGCCCCACGCCUGGUGCCACGUCAAAUCCCAGAGCCAGAGCUGUGCCCGCGCUCCCGGGGGUCAGUGCCCGGCUCCCUCCGGGGUCUGGACGUGGUGGCAGCACCGGGGCUGUGAGCAGAGCCGGGGGCACGGCAGGGAAGGGGUUAUGGCCACGGCCCCCGACGGCUCCGUCCUCCCCACUGAGGGUCCCUCCCCGACGGCCUGAACCUGCCUCCCGCCGUCCCCCUGACCCACGGGCUGGAGCAGCUCGAGGCACAGCCUUCCCUCCGCGCCCUCCGAGGACGUCGCAGCAGCCUCUGGGACCCACCGAGCCCCCCCGGGACCCCCGGGCAGCCCCUGCUCCGCUCCUCAGCCCCGGCAGCCGGUCCGUCCCGCUCCGCAGGCAGCUGCCUGCACACAACCUGCUUUUCUCUGGGUAAAGGUUUCCUUUGGGUUUGUUUUUCCCCCUCCCUCGGCUGGAGAUAAAUUCGGCUCUGCCGGAGGCUCUGCCCCUCCUUGUUUGGGCUGGUUGGGGAGGGGUCGCUCCCUCCCCUCCUUCCCUCCCUCCCGGACGUGUCCUUUGGGUGCCGACGCUUCCCCGGAGCAGCUGGACCAGGCGCUGCCUCUCUUGGCUGCAGACAGGAGGUAUCGAGGUAAUUCCCACGCCAAAUUCGGGUUGUCCCUCGUGCAGCUCUGCCCUUCGCAGCCCUUGGCACAGACCCGGCCCGGGACGGGUGUGAAGGGAACAGGGCGGGGCAGGGCCCUGCUCCCCAAUCCGCGCUCCCUCCUUCCCGCACGAGGGGUUGGGCAAUAAUUCCAAGGAAUUUUCUCACCCUCCAGCGGUGUCUCCGUGUCCCGGCCUAGCCGUGGGUGCCGUGUCCCCGUCCUCCCGCGGUUGCCCGGUUUGGGGCUCCCCCCUUGCCACGGCCAUGCCGGCCCCGACGGGGAGCCCGGAGAUCCGGGCUCCGGAGCGUCUCACCUUCAGCCUCUGGGACUACGGCGUCUUCGGGCUGAUGCUGCUCGUCUCCACGGGCAUCGGGCUCUUCCACGGCCUCGCCAGGGGCGGCCAGAAAACCUCGGAGGACUUUUUCACGGGGGGCCGGCGCAUGUCGGCGCUGCCCGUGGGGCUCUCGCUCUCCGCCAGCUUCAUGUCGGCCAUCCAGGUGCUGGGAGUGCCGGCGGAGGCGUUCCGGUACGGCGCCAAAUUCCUCUGGAUGUGCAUGGCACAGCUCAUCAACACCCUGCUCACCGCCCAGCUCUUCCUGCCCGUCUUCUACCGCCUGGGGCUCACCAGCACCUACGAGUACCUGGAGCGGCGGUUCAGCAGGAGCGUCCGGCUGUGCGGGACCCUGCAGUACGUGGUGGCCACGAUGCUCUACACGGGGAUCGUCAUCUACGCCCCCGCCCUGAUCCUCAACCAAGUGACCGGGCUGGACAUCUGGGCCUCCCUGCUCUCCACCGGGGUCAUCUGCACCUUCUACACCACCAUCGGUGGGAUGAAGGCUGUCAUCUGGACCGACGUCUUCCAGGUCUUUGUCAUGCUCUCGGGCUUCAUCGCCGUCAUCGUCCGGGGGUCUCUGCUGGUGGGGGGUCCCGCCAAGGUGCUGGGCAUCGCUGCCAACAGCUCCAGGAUAAACUUUGGAGACUUCAACCCAGACCCGCGGAGCCGGUACACGGUGUGGACCUUCCUGCUGGGCGGGACCCUGGUCUGGCUCUCCAUGUACGGCGUCAACCAGGCCCAGGUGCAGCGCUACGUGGCCUGCAGGACCGAGAGGGAGGCCAAGAUGGCGCUGCUGGUGAAUCAAGUGGGGCUGUUCUGCAUCGUCUCCAGCGCGGUCGCCUGUGGCCUCGUCAUGUUUGCCCUCUACAAGGACUGUGACCCCCUCCUGGCUGGCACCAUCGCUGCCCCCGACCAGUACAUGCCCUACCUGGUCCUGGACAUCUUCGAGACCACCCCGGGGGUGCCGGGGCUGUUCCUGGCCUGUGCCUACAGCGGGACCCUCAGCACGGCCUCCACCUCCAUCAACGCCAUGGCCGCCGUCACCGUGGAGGAUUUCGUGAAGCCGCGGCUGCCCUCGCUGUCCCCCAGGAAGCUCACGCUCAUCUCCAAGGGGCUCUCUCUCACCUACGGCACCUCGUGCAUCACGGUGGCAGCUCUGUCCUCUCUGCUGGGGGGGGGCGUCCUGCAGGGCUCCUUCACGGUGAUGGGGGUGAUCAGCGGCCCCUUGCUGGGGGCUUUUGUCCUGGGCAUGUUCCUGCCCUUCUGCAGCACGGCCGGUGUCCUGGGGGGCCUGGCUGCUGGCUUUGCCCUGUCCCUCUGGGUGGCCGUGGGGGCCACCCUGUACCCCCCCAGCGCGGCCACCAUGGGGGUCCUGCCCAGCUUCGACACCCUCUGCCCCCCCCGCAACGGCACCGGCGCCAACGGCACCGCCCUGCCCGCGCCCCUCGGCCCCCCCGGGGACCCCCCCGAGCCCACACGACCGGCCAUCCUGGGUGACUUCUACUCCAUGUCCUACCUGUACUACGGGGCGCUGGGGACCCUCAGCACGGUGGGGGUGGGGGUCCUGCUCAGCUCCCUGCCAGGGCCCACCCGGCAGAGGCAGCGGCCCCCGGGGGUGCUGUGGUGGGACAUCGUGAGGAACGCGCCCUCGGGGUUCCCCCCGGGGGGCAGGAGCCCCGGGGACGAGCCCCUGGACAAGGCUGGAGCUUCCCGGGCGCUGCCAGAGAGGUUGGAAGGGGAGGGGAGCCCCUCCUGGGACCCCCCUGAGCCCGGAGCCGCCACGGAGCUGCUGGUGCAGGAGACCCAUGUGUAGGGGGACGGGGGGACGUGGUGACCUGGCUGCGGGGGGACAGCAGGACAGGGGACACAGCCCUGUCCCGGGGUUACCAAUAAAGGAGGA